AUGGCAUCUGCACUCCAAGGCACGACUGUAAUUGUAACGGGAGGAGCGGGCGGCCUCGGCAAAGCUAUUGCAACCGCAUAUGUCAACGCUGGCGCCAAUGUGGUGAUCUGCGACAUCAACGACGAGCGGCUCGCCGCUACAAGUGCAGACUUCGAAGCUACGGGCCGCUUCCUGGCGCUCAAGACGGACAUCACAUGUGAAGCCGCCGUGCAGUCGCUCAUUGAACAGACGACAACCAAGUUCGGCCGCCUGGACAUCCUUGUGAACAAUGCAGGCAUGAUGGAUGGCUUCGACCCCGUCGGAGAGUUAAGCAAGGAGAACUGGGACCGUGUUCUCAACUUGAACCUCACGGGGAGCUUCCUGUGCAUGAAGUCGGCGGUCAACGCCAUGCAGAGGCAAGAGCCGCGAGGUGGUCUCAUCAUCCAAAUCGGCAGUAACGCAUCGCAUCAAGGAACCAAUGCAGGGCUGGUCUACACGGUUAGCAAGCACGGCGUAGCGGCUCUGGUAAAGAACACAGCUGGGUUCUACGCAGACCAGAACAUCUAUGCCGUGGGUUUGAUGAUGGGCGCCAUGAUCGACACCAACAUCACCGAGAGCACCAUGAAGAUGGGGUGGUUCAACCAGGAGGGGUUUACCAAGUUCUUUGGAGAGAAGGAAUUCAACACGAAUUGUGCUAUUAAGUUGGCUGACGCCGGCAAGUACUGCGUCUUUUUGGCGGAUAGAGACAUUGCAGCGACGUUGAAUGGGUCGUUGAUCAACUUCAAUAAGAACUGGCCCCAGGCGUGA